UGGAACAGUGAAGCAAUAUUUUAUUGUUCAUGAAAUUGUCAUAACUAACUGGAUUGGAAGGAAGAAAAAUUAAGUGUUGUUUUUACAUUUUUCUAAUUUGAAUACUGCAGUUUAAGAGAGAGGUUGAAUAUUGGCUUUAGCCACUGAAUAACACUGUCUAGCGAACAUUCAGCGUGAAGCAAAACAGCGGUGACUUUGGACGCUGUAAAUAUCAUACAUUUUUGUAAAACCAAAUUCGAAGAAUGUCUUUGCGGGCAACCGGUCCUGGAUAUUCUUGGACUAGUUGGAUAAUCAUUAUCAGUGUUCUGUGUUUUCACUUCGGGAUUUAUGAAGCAACGCAUGUUGACAUGCCAAAUAACUAUACCAUGGAACAUACUGAAGCUGCAACAGAUAUGACAAUUGAGAACACUGAUAUAAUUAUUGUUCAUAAUGAAACCAGCGAAAUGGCACCAACUCCAUAUUUUGAGGAAUUUGAUCCAUCAGUCCUCGGUAAUAUUAAAUGUGAAGACUUCACCAUUGAUUUGUAUAGGAGAUGGACAAUGGUGUACAAAAUAAACAAAGAUGAUAUCAAAAAGCUGUUGUGUAAGUGCAGAGGAGUAUGUUUAUUUUAUACCGUUGCACCUGACGUUCUUGAAAAAAUACGAGACAAACAGCAGAAUGUCCUCUCUGAUGUAAACAAAAGUAACUUCAUUAUUGUGAUGUCAUCAUUUUCUGCAAUUUUUCUACUAGGUGUCGCAGGCAACAUAACAACAAUCGUUGGGUUGUUGACAUGGAUGAAACAGCGGUCUCCCACGUAUGGUUUUGUUAUCAGUUUGUGUUGUUCUGGUCUCCUCAUGCUGUUUAUAUGUAUGCCAAUUAAGGCAACAGAAUUUUUCAAAGUUAGCCACAUUUUCACUGAAAUAACCUGCAAACUAUCCUACUAUGCGAGAGAUAUAACGUUUGUAUCAACCGUUUUGACUCACACUAUUAUCAGUUUUGAACGAUUUUAUGCUAUAUGUCGUCCUAUGGAAGUCAAGUAUCGAUGUACAUGGAGAAGAGCACGAAAGCUUAUUAUAAUGACAUGGGUGCUGUCAAUUUGUCUUGCGAUACCUACGCCUUUCAUGAUGAAACAUUACUAUGACGAGAAGAGAUUGACUAUAGAAUGUUUGCCGCAGUCCGAGUCAUUAUCGGUGGUUAUUGCCUAUUUCAUGUACAUGUUGGGCAUUUUGUUUGUGAUACCCUGCCUUAUUAUGGUUGUGACAUAUACCAUGAGCUGUACAGUGCUGUGCAAAAGUACAAAUGUUGCUAAGAAGUUACAAGAAACGUCUGGUGGAUGCGAUAAAGGCACAAGGCAGAAAGGAUCAAACUGUGUCGGCCAGCGCAGAAGGGUUGUUGCACUUUUGAUUGUGGCUGUUGUACUGUUCAUAACAAGUUGGGCACCGCAUCUUGUUUUCCAGCUGUUAGAAGUAACAGACAAAAUCCAUUACAUUAUCGAUGCCAACUAUGCGAAAAAUCUCAUAGUUAUUGGUGUGGGUAUAACGUAUUUAGGAAGUGCCAUUAAUCCGUAUCUAUUUAUGGCUAUGUCGUCCCAGUUCUGUGAACAAUCAACAUGCAGAAAUUGUUGUCAUAAAAGACGCGACAUAGCAAGCUAUAGAUCUAGUGGAAGUGAAACCGACAAAGACACGAAAGAAGCAUCUUCAUCUCUUACCCGUGCGCACGAGAUACGUCAAACACAUACUUUUAAAGACUGAUCGCUUUGAAUCAUAGCUGUGAUGGCCUUUAAUGCAGCCUGUUUAAUCGAGAUAUUGUAAAGAUAAUUAUGUUUGUUUGUUAACUAUUAAAUGAAGAACCCUACAAUUUUGGUUUAGUAUAUAAUUUUACAACUAGAUAUUUUUUGUUCAAGAAUAUUUUGAUCUUAACGUCCUAAAAUAGUAUAUUUUAAGUCGCUAUAAACAAUCUGUUUAUUCACACAUUAAUUUGUUUUUGUCUUAUUAAUAUAUUAGUCACAAAACUUUUGAUAAGAGACGAUACGAUGUUUUUCCAACCACGUUGAUAAAUCCAAAACAAUCUUAAGAAUGAAGAUAACAGAAUAUAUUCACAUUGUGUAUGAGAUAAUUUUAUACCAAUCUGCACAUGAUUUAAAAGAAGUGUUUGUGUACAUUUUGUGUACGGUAAAAUAAUAAAGUUCUGUAAUAAAAGACAAAGUACCAUGUACGUAAGCAUUAUUAGACCUAAUAAGCAUAACUCUUUAUUACAUUGAAGUAUUGUGUGAUCAGAGACCCGACAAAGCAGAGUUGUUCUUUUUUUUUUCAGACAAACAUGUUCAUUUCUAGCCCCGUGACAUGCAUGUCUUAGCUAAAACAGGAGAAAUUACGCUGCAUUAAAGUUAAAUGCAACAAAUGUUUUUUUCGGAUUUUUUCUUUUGUUUUUUUUUUUUUUUUUUUUUUUGCAAAAGCAAUAAAUCUACAUCUCGGGCUGAUGUGCGGAUUGUAAUUUAAAGCAUAAGCAAAAUGUAAAAGUAUCGGAAACGAAGCAAAUUCUAUACCCGGUUUUGUAGGUUUCUUGUACGAAGUAUAAGAUUGUCAUAAAAUGGCCGUCAAACUGAAUAUUUUAUAUGUUUUGACAAGCAAAAAAAUGUAGAAAGCAGCCAAAUAAAGGUUUUCAUUUAUUGCUUUAUGUUUUCAUUAUUGCGUAAGCUAAUAAAACAGUCUAAAAGAAAAUAGUUGUUUUGUGCAAAAAGUAAGUUAUGAUAGAAAAUGUGUUUUUGUUACUUUUUUAAUUUAUUGUAUAAAUCAUUUACCCUGCAUAUACCGAAACGUAUAAAACGAGCAUGAUGACAUACACCAACGACCGCUGAAAUUGAUAGACAAAGUAUAAAAAUUGAAGUAUACAUAAUAUGUAAAAUGUUGAAACAUUCUUUACGUGUUAAAGGUUCAGUCAACAUAUCACCAGAUAUAUUUCUAAGGCCUAAAAAUCCAUAGGCAUGAAGAAGCGUUGACAGCAAAUUAAUCAAUCAUAUAAAAUGUUUUUACGACAAAAAUACUUGACUUUAUUUGAGGUUAUAAAGGGCAAAUUCUUUAUUAAAAGCAAAGUUUGAUUACUUUUAUAAUUCUGACCAACAUUUUGUUACUUUUGACAGCAUUGUUAUAGUUACGGAUUGCUGAUUUUACCUUUGUUGAACUUGUUGAAAUAUAAUAUUUUUAUAGCAUGAGAAAACAAUUCUAUUAUUUACAGAUUUUGUAAUUAUAGCUUGUUUUCAUUUGCAGAAGUUGAAUAUAUGUCUUAGUUGAAAUAUCCAAACGUGUAGUUAACCUUCUUGCUAUAUAAAAAUAUAGUUAUAUAUGUGAACAUUGGUAGUGUUUUUUUAGAUAUAUCUAA